CGUCGGCGUUGUUGUUCUUAGCUGAGUUUGUCUUCUGAACCUCUUUUUGGAGUAAAGUUGGAUUCUGAACUUGAGCGUGUGCCUAUGGGAAAGUGACGAGUGACAUACAUUGAAAUCGCUUGUACGAUGCAGAUUGGUUGAAAAAUCGUCUCCUUGCCAAGGGCUCCAAUGAGUGGCACACAGUCAGCAAUCACGGACAGGUUUCCCCUCAAAAAACCUACAAGGCAUGGCAGCAUUCUGAGCAGAGAGUCUCCAGCAGACAAGAAACAGAAGGUUGAGCGCUGCAUCAGUGCCCACGACUUUGACCCUACAGAUAGCUCCUCCAGGAAGACAAAGUAUAGCUCAGAGGAGAGUAGAUCCGAGACGUAUGGUCUUGUUCAGCGUUGUGUCAUUAUCCAACGGGAUGAAAAUGGAUUUGGGCUGACGGUCAGUGGAGACAAUCCGGUAUUUGUGCAGUCAGUCAAAGAAGAUGGGGCAGCCAUGCGGGCUGGAGUCCAAACUGGUGACCGAAUCAUCAAGGUGAAUGGGACUCUGGUAACACACUCAAACCAUUUGGAGGUGGUGAAGCUGAUAAAGUCGGGUUCCUAUGUAGCUCUCACUGUGCAAGGGCGCCCACCCGGGUCGCCCCAGAUUCUGUUGGCUGAUUCUGAAAUGGAUCCAGCAGCCUGUGCAUCCAGCAGCAUGUCUCCUAUCACAACAUCUCCUCACUCACCAGGAGCAUCUGGGAACACAGAGAGAAUUACCAGCCCAGUGCUGAUGGAGGAAGAAAACAAUAUUGUUCACAGCCAGAAAGUGGAGAUUUUGAGGAAGAUGUUGCAGAAGGAGCAGGAGCGAUUACAGAUCUUGCAAGACGACUACAGCCGCACGCCUGCUCCCCGGCUGCUCAAGGAGAUCCAGGAAGCCAAGAAGCACAUCCCUCAACUGCAGGAGCAGUUGUACAAAGCCACAGGCUCUGCUCAGGACGGUGUUCUGUCUUUCAAGCCCGCAACAGAGUCUUUGCAGUUCGGCGAGGCAGAAGCUGAGAGCGGGGAAAGGCUGAUCAGAGGAGACUGCAGCUUUGGCGAAGGCUCCCAGUCGAACAGCGACACAGCCGAGAGUCCCCGGAGCGGCCUGAAGGAGCGGAUCUCUCUGGAGGAGAGCCCAGAGAAGAAUGAGAUUCAAGACUCUGAUUCUCAGUCCAGUAUCGGAAGUCCCUCCUCUCGCAUAGCACCUCCAAUCAUAGGAGCCGAAGACGAUGACUUCGACGCUGAACAUGAGCAGAUGAACGGGCAGUGCAGCAGCUGUUUCCAAAACAUAGAGUUGCUGAAAACUCGUCCGGCUCACCUGGCUGUCUUCCUGCAUCAUGUUGUGUCCCAAUUUGACCCUGCUUCACUGCUUUGCUAUCUUUUUGCGGACUUGUACAAGCAGACCAACUCCAAAGAGACUCGUCGCGUUUUCACAGAGUUUAAUCAGUUCUUCCUGGAGCGAGCAGCGAAUCUGAAGGUCCCAGUUCCGGAUGAAAUUUCUGUAGAUCUAGAGAAAAGAAGAUUAGAAUUAAUUCCCGAAGAGCUACAUCGCCAUUAUAUCCAAACUAUGCAAGAGAAAGUCUUUCCUGAGAUCCAGAGGCACCUUGAAGAUUUUAGACAAAAACGCAGCAUGGGACUGACUCUGGCCGAAGGGGAGUUGACCAGGCUGGAUGCGGAACGCUUUCGUGACCGGGCCACGCUGGAGAGGGAGCGAGCCUGUGCCGAGCAGAUCCUUACCAAAAUUGAAGAAGUGUUGGUGUCGUCCCAGCCCGUUGAAGAAGAGAAGAGUUCAGCUGUGCAGUAUGUUGUUCUUAGCUACAUGAAACACCUCGGUGUAAAAGUCAAAGAGCCCCGGAACCUAGAUCACAAGCGGGGGCGGAUCGGGUUCCUGCCAAAGAUCAAGCAAAGUAUUAAGAAGGAGAAGGAAGGAGACGAAAAGAAGAGGAGAGUCUUCCCCAAUAUCCUGGGACCCCCAAGGAGACCAAGCCGCCAUGACAGCUAUGCAAUAGGCAGAGCCAUGGAAUUGCAAAAGCAGCGCCACCCAAAGCACUUAUCGACGCCUUCUUCGGUCAGCCCAGAGCCACCAGAUUCUGGAAAGAUGCGCCAGAGCGGGUCCAGCGAAAGCGCGGAUGUCGCCUACCCCCCUGCUAACCCCAUGUCCCCACUAGCUGCUGGGACUUUCUCUUCCCCGGAAGGAAGUAAGGACAGCGAAACAGGAUCGAAGCCAGUUGGCGAACCUUCGUCUUGUAGUGACGCUGUGGAUGGUACACCUCGCACGCCGAACACCGUUUUCGAUUUCCCAUCGCCUCCCCUGGACCAUUUGCAGGAAGAAGAAGGAGAAUUUGACAGGCUAGCAGAUUUGGGAACGCCAAAGUCUUUCCGCAAGAUGGAGAGCGUGGGCGCUGGAGAUACCCAGAGUGAAGAUGAGCUGUUUGACAUUGACCUAGAGACAGACCUGCCCAACUGGCAGCAGUUGGUGAGCCGGGAGGUGCUGCUCAGCCUGAAACCCUAUGAGAUCAAACGCCAGGAAGUAAUUAACGAACUGUUCUACACUGAGCGCGCUCAUGUCCGAACACUGAAGGUUCUUGAUCAGAUCUUCUACCAGCGUGUGUCUCGCGAAGGGAUCUUGCCUCCCUCUGACUUGAAGAAUAUAUUUUCGAAUCUGGAGGAAAUCCUUCAGCUCCAUGCUGGGUUGAAUGAGCAGAUGAAAGCAGUGCGAAAAAGGAACGAGACAUCCGUUAUUGAUCAGAUUGGAGAGGACUUGUUAACUUGGUUCAGUGGAGCAGGGGAGGAGAAAUUGAAGCAAGCCACCGCCACCUUCUGCAGCAACCAGCCCUUUGCUCUGGAGGUAAUCAAGUCACGGCAGAAGAAAGACUCGCGCUUCCAGACUUUUGUCCAGGAUGCAGAGAGCAAUCCACUGUGUCGUCGACUGCAGCUGAAAGAUAUAAUUCCCACCGAGAUGCAACGGCUGACCAAGUACCCGCUGCUGCUGGAUAAUAUUGCCAAGUACUCAGAGCAACCCGAGGAGAAGGAGAAAGUGAAGAAAGCGGCGGAUCAUUGCCGGCAGAUCCUCAACUACGUGAACCAGGCUGUCAAAGAGGCCGAGAACAAGCAGCAUUUGGAAGACUACCAGCGCCGGCUGGAUUUGUCCUACUUGAAGCAGCUGGAGGGCCCCAUGCUGGAUGAGUUCAGGAAUCUGGAUCUGACCAAGAAGAAGAUGAUCCAUGAAGGGCCUCUGACCUGGAAGGUGAAUCGCGACAAGACCAUUGAUCUCUACACACUCCUCUUAGAAGACAUCCUGGUGCUGUUGCAGAAGCAGGAUGAUAGACUGGUGCUGCGAUGUCACAGCAAGAUCCUGGCUUCCACAGCCGACAGCAAGCAUACGUUCAGCCCUGUCAUCAAACUAAACACCGUGUUGGUUCGCCAGGUGGCCACAGAUAACAAAGCUUUCUUUGUCAUCUCCAUGUCGGAAAACGGAGCCCAGAUUUAUGAACUCGUGGCACAGACGGUUUCUGAAAAAACUGUGUGGCAGGACCUCAUUGCGCGGAUGGCAGGGACGGUGAAGGUGGCACGAGCCAGGAGGGUGAUUCCGUUGCCACAGUCAGGGCCCUGCGAAGAAGACCGUGAAGAGGAAGACCAGCAAAAACUGAAGGAAGAACAAGCAACUCUUGACAGCAGCAUGCAGAGCCCAGAGAAGGACCUGGGCCUGGAGUCGCCACUGAUGCUGAAGGCCGAGUCCCCGUCAGCAGCCAUGUCGGAGAAGCUGGAAGAAGAGGAGCUCCUGCAGGCUGACCGACAGUUCGGCAAAGAACCCCCUGCAGACCUGCUGAUCAAAGAACCCUCUGAGCACUACGACCACCCGAGUUCGGAACCCGCUUCUCAAAUCUCAGAGGAACGGUGGGCGUUGGAUGCACUAAGGAACUUGGGUUUAUUGAAGCAACUGCUGAUGCAGCAGCUGGGCCUGUCCGAAAAGGAGACUCUUGAAGACCACCAGCAUUUCCCCAGGCAUAGGACAGUUUCCCAGGGAGGCCAAGGAGAAACUGGUGUCCAGAGGGGAUCGAGACACUCAUACAGCAAGACAUCCCCAUCCGGGGUGAGUAGGACACCUUCUGGCUUGGGAACAAGCAGCUGCAGACCUUGUUAUGGUCACCGGACUUCAGGUGAAUUCCUGCAGCUGGGGGACACCACGUCCAGUAGCAGUCAGUUAACGGACCCCUUGAGCACGAACCCAGAUACCCCAGUCACGGAGCUGGAAGGGGUGGGCGCUGAGGAUGGCGGAGAGCACUUUUUUGAUGCUCGUGAAGCCCACAAUGACGAGAACCAAUCAGAAGGCGAAGUGGCAGAACGGAAGGAGGAAGAGGAAGUGCAGUUGCGGAUCUCAGGAAAUUAUUUGAUCCUCGAUGGAUACGGCACAGUACAGGAGAGCUCCACAGACGAGGAGAUGUCCUCGCUGGCGCUGCGGUCCACUGCAGGCGGUGGUGCAAUGGACUCUGCCCCCCAGCAGCCAACGUCCCUGCCGGACACCCAGUCAGACAGAGGAAGCUCACCGUUUGUGGAGGAAUUCAUGGCCUCCCACUGGGAAGCCACAGAGGAACCCAGCUCAGGUGCACUAAGCCCUCCUUUCUCCGUAGAGUCGCGUACCCAGAUCAUGCGUUACAUCCAGAAGAUAGAGGCUGACCUUGAACGCUUAAAGGAAGUGGAGGAGAAUUAUGCCACUCUUCUUCAGCAAAGGCUGGCUGGAUCAGCCCCCGCAGAUGAGCACUCAGAUAAAAGUUAGUGACGCUUUCCGGAAGUGGCUGGAGAUCGGACAGGAGUGUCGGCCUUGCGCUGGUGCCUGCAAGUCCUCUGCCCCGGACUCUGUAGCAAGUGAACUCUUUCUUACGGACCGCCUGGCCCCGAGCGCUCCCGCACAGCGGAGAGAGAGUAGGGUGCUUUCUUUCCAGGC